GCUGCAUGAGGGUCAGUUCCCCGGCCAAGCAGAUGCUGAUUGGCCCGAGCUUCGUCGAUCCUCCGACCUCGACUUUUGUCAUUUUUGCCUUGAGACUGCUUGACCUUCUGCCAAACACUACCAGCUGACCAAAGAAGCGCCAGCAAACUCUCCAUGAGCGCGCUACUUGAAACCUCCCUGGGCGACAUCGUGAUCGACCUGUUGGUCGACGAGUCGCCCAAAGCCUGUGAAAACUCUUCCCUGUCUCCCCUCAUAGCUUCCUGAAGCUGUGCAAAAUCAAGUACUACAAUUUUGCGCCCGUGCACAGCGUCCAGAAGGAUUUCAGCUUCCAAACCGGCGACCCGCUCGGCCCCGACGCGCCCGACAGCGAUGGCGGCUCCUCGAUCUGGGGCGUCCUCGGUGGCCCCCGCGAAGCGCACGUUUCCGAUCGAUCUACCGCCGAAAAUGAAGCAUCUUGAGCGCGGGACGGUCAGCAUGGCGACGGUGCCUGCAGCCAAUGAUCCAGACCAGCGCGUGGCUGGUAGUCAGUUUUUGAUUACACUGGGAGAGAACUUGGAUUAUUUGGAUGGCAAGGCGGCUAUCUUUGGCAAGGUGGUUGAGGGCUUUGAUGUUUUGGAGAAAAUUAAUGAGUCGUUUAUUGAUGAUCGAGGUCGGCCGUUGAAGGAUAUUCGUAUUCGCCAUACUGUUGUUUUGGAUGAUCCGUUCGAUGACCCUGCUGGGUUGGUCGAGCCGCCUGAGAGUCCUGUACCGACGAAAGCGCAAUUGGCUACCGUGAGGAUUGCUGAUGAUGAGGAUUUGGAUGAGGAGAUGGAUGAGGCUGCCAUGGAGAAGUUGCGCCGGGAGCGUGAAGCACGUGCUCAGGCGCUGACUUUGGAGAUGGUGGGUGAUCUGCCCUUUGCCGAUGUCAAGCCUCCCGAGAAUGUGCUGUUCGUCUGCAAAUUGAAUCCCGUCACGCAAGAUGAGGACCUUCAGUUGAUCUUCAGUCGGUUUGGAACCAUCCUGUCUUGCGAGGUGAUUCGGGACAAGCGCACAGGUGACAGCCUGCAGUAUGCGUUUAUCGAGUUUGAAAAUCAGAAGGACUGCGAACAGGCCUACUUCAAGAUGCAGGGCGUGUUGAUUGACGACCACCGCAUCCACGUUGACUUCUCGCAGAGUGUCUCCAAACUAUCCGAAAGCUGGCGCAACGCCACAGUCAGCAAGCGGCAACAGCGCGGCGGUUUCGGCGGUGUCGCAGAUCUCGAACUGAAGCGACAGUACCGAGUAUCAGACGACUCUCGCGCAGAGGACGACGACAGGGCAUACAACAUGGUUUUUGAUCGCUCACGCAAAGCUCAACCAACAGCGCCAGCUACAUCCGCCCCUCGCCGCGACGGCCGGUCCGAUCGCAGCCCUCCACGAGAUUCAUAUCGGGAUCGACGUAGCAGUCGCAGUCCCCGAGGCCGAGACUCACAUAAGGACCGUCACCGACAGCGGGAAGCCAGCAGGAGUCCUGGACGACGAGACUUUGAGCGGCGGGAUCGAGAUCGUGGGGAUCGUGGGCGCUAUCGGGAUGACCGUGGAGAUCGGGGUCGGGAUCGCGGUCGUCGAGAUGAUCGGUAUGAGCGGCGACGAUGAGGAGGGAAUUUGUAUUAGUAUUGGCAAUAUCCAAGCAUAUCCAAAACAUCCAGUGUAUAAAAUAUGUGACUCGAG